CCGUCAUAGGGGUUGUCUGUUGUAGGUUGUGUAUCUCACAUCUAUUUUUAUCUGACACAAAGUCGGUAACGAAUUAGCUUGUCGUUUUAAACCACGUUUUAGCGGUUUUGGUCAAGAAGCAAAGUUACCCGUUUUGUUAAAGUCGACAUCGUCGAAGUUUUACUCUAGUAAUCUACGCGAUAAAGUGUUGCAAGCGUCUCGUUUUUUUUUAGUCUCGUUCGAAUCUAAACCUUCUGUCAACCAACAUGGACCAACUUGAAGUAACUACGAAAGAAACCAAGAGCCCAUGGGGCGUUCCUGUCCUGUCACCAGCUCCAUGCUCUCUGGCUGAUGUUAUGAGCGAGCAACUGGCCCGACAGAUGCAUGAGGAGGGCGACACUUUCCCAGAUAUCCCAGAUACCGAUCUGGACCUGAGCUGCGCUCCUGAAGCAGACACGGCCAGCGAUCUGAUUCUGGCCCAGAUGCUUCAGAUGGAGUUUGAUCGUGAGUUCGACACUCAGCUGCGCCGGGAGGAGAAGAAGUUUAAUGGAGACAGCAAAGUCUCCAUAUCGUUUGAGAACUACCGCAUGGUUCAUCCGUAUGAGGACAGUGACAGCUCUGAAGAUGAGGUCGACUGGCAAGACACCCGCCAUGAUCCCUACAGAGCUGACAAACCGACAACGACCCCUAAAAAGGGAUUCGUUGGGAAGGGCAAGAACAUCACCACCAAACACGACGAGGAAGUCUGCGGACGGAAGAACACGGCACGCAUGGACAAUUUCGCUCCGGAGGUGCAGGUGGGAGACGGGAUCGGCAUGGACCUGAAGCUCUCGAACCAUGUUUACAACGCUCUGAAACGCCACUGUCACACCGAGCAGCGUCGUAGCGCUCGGCUUCAUGAGAAGAAGGAGCACUCUACUGCUGAACAAGCUGUGGACCCCAGGACCAGACUGCUCAUGUACAAAAUGGUGAAUGCUGGGAUACUGGAGAACAUCAAUGGCUGCAUCAGCACAGGAAAAGAGUCUGUGGUUUUCCAUGCUAAUGGAGGGAGCUUUGAAGAGAAGAUUGUUCCAGAAGAGUGUGUCCUCAAGGUUUUCAAGACCACGCUGAAUGAGUUUAAGAACCGGGACAAAUAUAUCAAGGACGACUACCGCUUCAAAGACCGCUUCAGCAAGCUGAAUCCUCGCAAAAUUAUCCGCCUGUGGGCCGAGAAAGAGAUGCACAACCUCACCAGGAUAAAGAAAGCAGGCAUCCCGUGUCCGGAGGUGGUGAUUCUGAAGAAGCAUAUCCUUGUGAUGUCUUUCAUCGGAAAGGACCACGUUCCUGCACCUAAACUGAAGGACGCUAUUCUGAGUUCGGAGGAUAUGAAGAAAGCUUACUUCCAAGUGCUGAACAUGAUGCAACGUCUGUAUCAAGACUGUAACCUGGUUCAUGCUGAUUUGAGUGAAUACAACAUGCUCUGGCAUGACGGACAGGUGUGGUUCAUCGACGUGAGUCAGUCCAUAGAGCCCACUCACCCUCACGGUCUGGAGUUCUUGUUCAGAGACUGCAGGAAUGUGGCCACAUUUUUCCAGAAAGCCGGUGUGGCUGAAGCACUCAGUGUAUUUGAGCUGUUCAACACUGUGUCUGGACUGCAGAUCAGCAGCGAUAAUGAGGCUGAUUUCUUAGCCCAGAUUGAAACCCUGGAGAAAAGAAACGAAGAUCAUGUGCAGAGAUCCGGCAAGAAGAUCUUCACCGACACCAGCGAAGGCAGCCCACCCCAAUUAAACACUGAUGAUGAUUAACACAAGCACAAUGGUCAAUUGAAAAAUAAAGGGGAGAAAAUUCCUCCAUUCACAAAGGAGGUGUGGAACGGGACAAACGCCAUGUCCGUGUGACAUACCCGCGUCAUCCUUCUGCUGUCAGCGCGUUUGCUCGGUGUUGAAAGUGACGUGGUCAUUUAAGACAUCUAGCAUAACCUGUCAUUUUUUUUAAAACAGACAGUUUUGGAAGAUGGUUAAAAACAGUAAUAAUUCUAAAAAAACAAGGAAACAAGUAACUAUACAGACACAUGUGAUGUUUUAGAAUUGUGUGGUGUUAAAUGUGUCUCCUUCCACUAUAAGAGCAAGCAGAGAAUGAAGAUCUCCUGAAGAUCUCUGAAUGCUCUUGAGUUUGUGUGUGGAUUUGAGCAGCGGUAAUGAGCAGAGCAUUGGACGUCGAUCUAACCUGAUCAUCAUUAAAAAUGACACAUGGGCUUCUACGUGAAAUAAUUUUUACUGCCUAAGAUGACUAUUGUGGUGGAUUUGUGGUCUUUUGAGAAAACAGGCAAAGAUAAAAUAAAACUCUUGAACGGCA